AUGCAUUCUGUGGGAGUACAAAGUGCGCCAUUGAAGACGACCUCAGUCGGCACACAGUUGUCCAUGGGAUCGCUGAAAACGGCACACAUGAGAAGCAAAGGUAUCCAGACAAAGCUGCCUCUUCUCAGUGUAGGCACUGGAAUCAUUUCUGGUAUAGACUCACCACUGGCGUCUACACCAAUAAAGGGCCCAGGCUGUCGACCUAGCAAGAGACCACGGCUUGAGUUGGAGGACGAGGAGGAGAGCGACUCCUCAAAUGAAUUUCAUAAGGAGCCUCUGGACUCGACUUACAACCCUGGAGAUUCUGUACUUACAGAGGAAUCUGACAUCUCGUUUGAGACACAGUCCACACAUGAUGAGGAAAAGUAUAUUGUUUUUGAAAGCUGCCUCAAACAGCUGUUUGAAAACUGUCCAGUGUGUAAGAAGGGCUGUAAUCUCCAACGACGAAGGAUGGGAACCUAUGUGGCUUUCACUCAGCGAUGUCAACACUGCAGUUACUUCAGAGAGUGGGAGAGUCAGCCCAUGGUUGGAAGUACCCCUGUCGGCAACCUACAACUUUCUGCGGCUACCUACUUUACAGGGACCUCCUUCAUCCAACUGGAAAAGCUGUGCAAGGCCAUGCAACUCCAGAUAUUUCAGUAUGACACCUUCAAAAGGCAUGCAAGGAAUUACAUGGAACCGGCUAUUGUUCAUAAGUGGAAGAUGGAUCAGCAGAGUCAUUUCCAGCAUCAAUUGCACCUUGGUGGGGUGGUUGCAGUAGGAGGAGACAUGAGGGCUGAUUCUCCAGGGCACUCCGCAAAGUUUGGCAGCUACACUCUAAUGAAUCUGGAGAGCAACACCAUUAUGGACAUCCAACUUGUUCAGAGCAAUGAAGUAGGUGGCAGCUAUCAUAUGGAGAAGGAAGGACUGAAAAGAUGCCUAGAUCAUCUGGAGUCGAAUGGAUUGAAGGUGGAUUACAUUGUGACAGACCGUCAUCCACAGAUCCAGAAAUUUCUGAGGGAACGCAGCGUAACUCAGUUCUAUGACGUUUGGCACUUUGAGAAAGGAUCAGUUGCACUUCACAAAGCUGAGAAAAUACUGCUCAACAAGAGAGUCCUGAAGGAUGUAGAGAGACUCAGCCACCAUCACCAGACCUCAUCACUAGAGUCCUUCCACAGCCUGAUACUACGUUUUGCACCAAAGAAUGUAGUUUUCCCCUUCAUGGGAAUGUGCAGGUAA